AUGGUGAAAGUUUGUAAUAUUCAAGGAUUUCAAGCAUCAAAUGGAUGGCUUGAGAAAUUUAAAAAUCGAUAUUGCAUUGCUUCCCGUGCUUUAUGUGGGGAAAAUCAAUUUGUUGAAACCUCUGUGAUUGAAAAUUUUACAGAAAGCCUCAAUAGAAAAUUAGAACAAUAUUGUUCAAAAAAUAUUUUUAAUUUGGACGAAACUGGAUUGUUUUUUAAACUUUUGUCGAACAGAACAUUAGCUGUUGACUCGGACAAAAAUCUGUCUAAUAAACCGAUAAAAGAAAGAGUAACUGUUAUGUUUUGCGUUAGUAUGAUGGGAGAAAAACUUGACCCAUUUGUUAUUGGAAAAGCCAAAAAUCCACGCUGCUUUAAAGGAAGAAGAAAUCUAAUUAAUAAUUUACAAGUGAAAUACAAAUAA